UUAUACUUAGUGAUAAUCGUAUACUUACCUAUAAUGCCGACAUAUAGUUAAACUUUAUUUAAAAUGUAGUAAUUCAUUCAUCAUUAUUCAACUGGAAAACUCCAGUCAGUUUUUCUACAUAAUCAUGUAUCAACGUGUUUUUAAUAUACUGUUAGUUAACUUUAUUACUUAUCUUAUAUUUAGUAUUGCAGCUGUCUGCCAUGUUUCUGCACCAUCUACUCGGCAGUAUUUGUUUGACUUUACAAAAACCGAUGAUGUGGAUAAUUGGCAAGAACAAUCCGAUACGGUACGGAGUGUAGGGAUGUCAAAAGCGGUUUUUGUGAUCCAUCGGAAUACAGAAUUUAGAAGAGCCAUAUUUUUCGCAUUGUUGAAUCCGCAACCCAACGGCGCUGGCUUUGCUGGGAUACGCGCACUUGGGAUGUACAAUUUGACUGGCUGCACAAAACUGCAAUUGUAUUGCCGUUCUCAAGGACAAUUUAAUGGUUUCAAAGUAGUUCUUAGACAUAAAGGAUUGAACGAUGAACCUAAUUAUUCCUUCGAACAAUACUUUCAGGCACCAAAAGACGAGUUUGCAAUACGCGAAUUGCCUUUUUCGGAAUUCAAAGCUUAUUAUAGAGGAAAACGCGUGAUUAAUAACGAAACAUUGGAUAUAUCUCAAGUAACCAGUAUUGGUAUUCAAAUGUACGGUGGAGUUUAUCAACCAAUAAAGCAAAAAGGCCCAGCUACUUUGGAACUGGACUGGAUAAGAGCGGAAUAACUUUUAAUCAAUCAAUUUAAAAUUAAAUUCGAAAAUAUA